AUGAUGGCAACGCCCAGGGUACCCCAAAUGAUGUGGUUAUUGCUGUACUGGUUUACUGUGUUUCUAUUUUUCCUGACAGCAUUUUUUCUGCUCUAUAUUCCACUGCCUAAUGAUAUCGCCGACAGAUAUAAACUACAAAUGUUAGAAAUUUUACUACGUGUUACGUACGAGUAUCCGGGUGAUCUUGUCGACUACAUAUUUGGUUCACGUGUGCGAAAUAUGUGUAUACGAUUCAUAAUCUCAAUUGGAUUCAUAAUUCCAUGGCCGGCUCCACCUUAUGUGAAGAUUAAAAACGACUCAAUCGGUGGUACAAAAGUCAGGGUAUAUACUCCGGAAAAGCGGCGGAGCCGAGCCGCUCUUGUUUUCAUUCAUGGCGGAGGAUGGUCAACGAUGAGAGCCGACUACUAUGACGAUCUUAUGAAUGUUUUCAUUCGUCGGCUAGGAGUGACCAUAUUCUCGAUCGAUUAUCGAUUAGCGCCAGAGUACCCGUUCCCUUAUCCUGUUGACGAUUGUGAGGCCGUCGUGAGCGAUUUGUACCAUAACAGCUGGAAGAGGUUCGAUAUCGAUCGGGACAAAAUCUGCGUUGCAGGAGAUAGCGCUGGUGGAAAUCUUGCAGCUGUUGUCACGCAAAGAUUAGCACGGAGAAACGAGAACUUCAUAAAGUGUCAGGUCUUGAUCUAUCCAGUGAUCCACGUUUUCGCGUUUCAACUGCCUUCCUAUUUGGCCUACUAUGAGAAAUAUAACGGCACCUCGCUUUUGAAUCCUCGUGCUAUGGCCAGAUGGAUUCUGCUGUAUCUGGGAUUGCCUGCUCAUAAGAGGAACGUCGAACUGCUCACCUCCAAUCAACACAUCUCAGAGAAAAUUGCUUCCUCGCCUGAGAUUCGGACACUGGUUGGACAUAGUGUCACGCCUAAGACGACUUCGACCUACUCAGAGGAGCCCAAUCAAGAAGAUGAAAUCCUUCUACGAACGUUCUCCGUGAAGGGAACUGAUCCUGACGUUUCUCCUCUGUUGGGAGUCAGGAAUGAUCUACCGCCAGCCCUCGUGCUCACUGCUGAAUAUGAUAUUUUGAGAGACGAAGGGAUACAAUAUGCAAAUAAGCUAGAAGAAGCGGGAGUUUCCUGUGAAUGGAAACACUACAAGUCAGCAUACCACGGUGUCUGCAACAUGCCAUAUAGUCCGGUUCGACGAGAUAUGACUAGAGAUAUUUGUAAAUUUUUGAAAAAUUAUAUCUAG